AUGAACCCAAUGACAGAUGAGUUUCUGUUUCAAGACAGUAAGAACCAUACUGUCUGUGUAAAUCCAACAAAAGGAACUUUAAACGAGAAACCUAUAAAAGAACUUCUUUUGAAAGCAGAUGUUGACAACAAAGCUGACAAAGAGUAUGUCAUUGAAAAAGUUCAAGAAGAACAUGACAGAGCAGAUGCAACAUAUGCAACAAAAGAACAUACUCAUCCUGAACUAGCAGACAAAACAUAUGUUGACAAUAAAAUGUCAAGUGAAGUGACAAGAGCUGAAAACGAAUAUUCUAAAAAGACUCAUAUACAUACCAUUGCAAAUAUUACAAACUUACAAGAAACCUUAAACAGGAAAAGUGACGUUGGACAUACACAUACCAUUGCAAAUAUUACAAACUUACAAGAAACCUUAAACAGGAAAAGUGACGUUGGACAUACACAUACCAUUGCAAAUAUUACAAACUUACAAGAAACCUUAAACAGGAAAAGUGACGUUGGACAUACACAUUCUAUAUCUGAAAUAACAGACUUAAACGUUAGCCUUGAAAAGAAAGCAGAUAAAACAUAUGUCAACAGUGAGUUAGAGGAGAAAGUAGAUAGGGGUUGUGUGGCUAGUGCGUUAGUGAAGAAGGCAGAUAAGGAAUAUGUGGAUGAAAAAGAUGAAGAAAUUAAAAAAAUGGUUGAAUGGUACCAUGAACGGACAUCGAAGAUUUUAAAAACGAAAGCUGAUACAGGAUGGGUUUCAGGGUGUUUAGACCUUAAAGCUGACAAGAACCAUACACAUACAAGUUUUACAACUGUUAGAGCAGAUGAUAUAAUAUUGAACUUUGACCUUGGUUCAAGUGCACCUUUAGAGAAUCCAAGCACUAGUGUAAAAGAUACUCUUAACAUUUUAGAUAAGAGUUGCAGGAAUAUUGAAGAUCAUGCCAGAAACUUUGAAGCAUAUGAACUACCAACAAUGUUAGAUAAAAAAGCUGACAAAACAGAGCUUCAAACAUUAAAGACAGAAAUACUUCAAACACUAUAUCCUAUAGGCUCUAUUUACACGUCAAUGAACUCUACCAGACCAGCAACAGUUUUAGGUUUUGGUGAAUGGAAGCAGAUUGUAGACAAAUUCUUAUACUGUGCUAGAUAUUCAAAGACGGCAGGAGGUUCGAAGAAAAUUACUGAAGCAAACCUUCCACCGCACACUCAUACAGGAACUACAAACUUUUCUGGUGACCAUAUCCACUCAUUAAGAGACCAUCCAUUAUACAACUCAGAAUAUUAUGCUGGCUAUGACGUUUUAUCUCCAGAUUAUAACCAUUCAGCAAAAAAGACUUUUCGACAAACUGAACCAGGAGGAAACCACCAACAUACUUUUACAACAAAUCCAACAGGCUUGGGUAAAGAUUAUAUGCCACCAUUUAUAACUCUAUUCGCAUGGUAUCGUUAUGCUUAG